AUGGAGUCCAAUCAUCAUACGCCCGCAUUGGCAGAAGGGAGUGGCGACAUCGUCUCAGGCGAAGAAUGUCGCAGGCUUCGCGAGCACUUCACAAACAACCCUGGCCGUGACAUUGUCGGCCACCUCGACGACCCCUUCAGCCGCGCCGUCUACCAGGGCGACCUCGACACUCUCCAGAUCGAUCUCUUCCCCGUCAUGCUCUGCCGCCACACCGACCGCGGCCUCGCGCCCGAAACCGCGCGCGCGCACGUCGCCGACGAAAUCUAUCAGAGGCGCUGGGGUGUGACCUGGCGCAUCCCCAUCUUCGCCCUCGUCCAGAUGUCCAGCCUCCUCAACCCGCCGAAACGCGAGCAGCACCUGCGCAUCGCGCGCUGGCUCAUCGACGACGUUCGGGUGCCGGUCGACGGCCGCGACCCGCGCACGGGCGCGACGGCGCUGCUGCUCGCGGUCGGGCUCAAGCCCCGGUUCGACGCCGCGCUCGCGGACAUGCUGUACGCCGCGGGCGCGGACGUGAACGCGCGGGAUCGCUACGGGGACACGUGCGCGCACAAGGUCUCGCAGCCGGACGGGGACUACGACCGGGAUCGCGUCGAGAGAUUGGGCGCGGCGCUGCGCUGGGUGCUCACGCACGGCGGAAACCUGGACGUGGCGGACUCGGACGGGGAGACGGCACGGACGAACUUGGCGCACCUGGUGGCGCUGGGUCUGCCGGAGGCGGCAGAGCUCGCGGCGAUUGUGGGGGAAGACGACAGGAGGCGUAUGGCUCGCAAAGGGAAGAUUUGCGUGUGCUGUGGACUUAAGCCUCGGGAUGGAUCCCGCCUCAAGGUUGCAGGCUCGUCUCCGCAAGAUAUCCCGCUUCAGCCUCUCGAGCGUUCAAACCCCAUUGACCUCUCCAGAUUCGCCAUGAAAUUCAGCUCUUCCCUCAAGUUCAACUCGGUCUCCGAGUGGUGGGACGAGUACAUCGCCUACGAGCAGCUGAAGAAGCAGAUAUACCUCUUCGAGAAGCAGCAGGCUGGCCUCCGCGAGUCCUUCCACGACAUCGAGGCCGCAAACGAGCACACUUCGCUCAUCGGCAGCGGCCACCCCGCGUCCUCCGACGCGCAGUUCCUCCCCCUUCUCGACCGCGAGCUCGACAAGAUAUGCAUGUUCUACGACAUGGAGGAGCAGCGGCUCACCGACGACGUCACCGCGCUCCAGGACGAGAUUGAGCGGGAGGAGGAGAGUGGGCCGUACGGGGGGUUCCGGUACAUGGACGCGGCGGAGGACGACGACGAUGAAGACGACGACGACUUCGAGGCCACCAGCCCGAUCGACAGCCGCGACCGGACGCAGUCGCCUGCGCGGAAGAAGCGGCAGCAUUCCCGCUCUAUCAGCGGGACUAUGCCUCCGGGACCCUCCAGUGGUCGCAAGAGAUACGACAGCAUCUCGCGCCGGUAUAGCAUGUCCUCAGACGAACAGGAAGACGUUGAGGCGAGCCACGCCACCCUUGACCCCAUCGCCAAUGGUGAACAAACGGGCAUAGGCCGCGGCGCAAGCCGGUCUCCCCUUGUGCGCGCCCGGGUGAUGGCGGCGAGGCUAAAAGACAGUUUGAUCUCGACGGUGUCGAGCAAUGGCCCCGAGACGGUCUGGACGGCGCGCAACAACUAUGCGUGGGAUACACAGCUGCUGUACAAACGCAAGAUCACGAACCUUUACGUCCUUGCCACGUCGCUACGGUCUUAUGUGGAGCUCAACUACUCGGGUUUCCGCAAGAUUCUCAAGAAGUACGACAAAGUCACCGACAGCAACCUGCAAGAUCGCUACCUGCACGAUGUUGUCGAACAAGCGAAGCCCUUCAUGCAAGACAGCAAGGACAAGCUGAGCACCCGGAUUUCUACCCUUCUCGACCUUUACGCUCGCUGCGUCACCCACGGAGACGAAGUCGAGGCCCGGCGCCAACUCAAACUGCAUCAACGUGAACACAUUGCCUGGGAGCGCGACACCGUCUGGCGGCAGAUGAUCAACCAGGCACGCCGCGGCGAGGAGCUCGGUCAGGUUCCGUUAGGCGGGACUCUCAUUGCAGAGCCUGAGAAGGGUCUCACGCACUUCCGCACGCCAUUUGGAAGGGUCAAGCUCACCUCGAAGAAGCUCUGCCUUGUCAUCGCGGUCGUCAUCUUCCUGGUUUUGCUCAACGUGCAGAUUGUCGACGGGGUGGAGGCGAACAAGUGCCUCGCCAUCUUGGUGUUCGCGACCAUCCUGUGGGCGACGGAGGCCAUCCCUCUGUUCGUGACGUCAACCAUGAUCCCCUUCUUCCUCGUCGUUCUCCGUGUCAUCCGCUCGGCGGACUCAGCGGACCAGCCCAACAAGCCCCUCGAGCCGCCCGUGGCCGCCAAGCAUGUUUUCUCGGUCAUGUUCUCCCCUACAAUCAUGCUUCUCAUUGGUGGCUUUACUAUCGCCUCCGCGCUCAGUAAAACGGCGAUUGACCGUGUGCUCAUCACGCGGGUACUCUCCUUGGCGGGCGAGCGGCCGAGCACGGUCCUCCUGGCGUUCAUGGGAGUCGCAUGCUUCGCGAGCAUGUGGAUCAGCAACGUCGCUGCGCCUACACUCUGCUUUACGCUCAUCCAGGCAUGUCUCCCUUCCACGCCUCCCAUCCUCCGCACUCUACCGCCGAAGUCGUCCUUCGCGCCGUGCCUGAUCCUUGGCAUCGCGCUAGCGGCGAACAUCGGCGGCCAGAGCUCGCCCAUCUCGUCCCCGCAGAAUCUGAUCGCGCUCGCCCAGAUGGACCCCAAGCUCGACUGGGGCUCCUGGUUCGCGGUCUCGAUCCCGGUCUCCGCGAUCUCCAUCGUCCUCAUCUGGCUCCUCCUCCUCGUGAGCUACCGCCCCGCGCGCUCACCCACCGGCGACGGCGAGAUCGUGAUCAAGCCGGUCCGCGCGCCCAAGGAGCGCUUCAACGGGAAGCAGUGGUGGGUCACCUUCGUGUGCCUCAUCACCAUCGGCCUCUGGUGCGUCGCGCACUCGAUCGAGGGCGUGCUCGGGGACAUGGGCGUCAUCGCGAUCAUCCCCAUCGUCGCCUUCUUCUCGACCGGGGUGCUCAAGAAGGACGACUUCGAGCAGUUCCUCUGGACGGUGGUCUUCAUCGCCAUGGGCGGGAUCGCGCUCGGCGACGGCGUGCGCAACUCGGGCCUCCUCGAGGUCCUCGGCGACGGCAUCCGCGGGCUCAUCACGGGCAUGUCGCUCUACCCGGUCGUCCUCCUGCUCUCCGUCAUCGUCCUGGUGAUCUCGACGUUCAUCAGCCACACGAUCGCGAGCGUGCUCCUCGUGCCCAUCGCGUUCGACGUCGGCCGGAACAUGCCCGACGGCGACCACGCGAACCUGCUCGUCUUCCUCACCGGCCUCAUCUGCUCCACCGGCAUGGGCAUGCCCGUCUCGGGCUUCCCGAACCAGACUGCGGCGACGCAGGAGGACGAGAUGGGCCAGCUCUACCUCUCCAACGUCGACUUCCUCAAGAACGGCGUGCCCGCGAGCAUCAUCGCCACCUUCGUCGUCUCCACCGUCGGCUACCUCCUCAUGCGCGCCAUCAAGCUCGAGCUCGAAAUCGACGUCGGUGGAACGCGGGCCGCCGCGGGCGGGAUCGCAGUGCCCGGUGGCUCGCUAUGGAUGUUUGGCGAGGGGGAGAGGACGAGGACGGGGUGA